AAUGCAUGGCAUUGUGCUUGAAGAAUCUAGAAGAGAGAAAAGAGCAAGAAGCUGGUAACAGAAGGAGAAUACAGCAGGCCAUAAAUGAUGCGAAGGCACAUGCUGAUAUCAUCAAACGGCAGCUGUCAGAAAAAAUUACUGAGCUUCAGAUACUUCUUCGGGAAGAAGAGAGUCUGGCAAAAAACUUCAUUGAUGAAAAGACUCAGCAAGGCCUGGGAGCACAUGAUCAGCAUUUGAGGUCCUGUGAUCAACAGCUUGCAGCCCUGGAGACCUUCACACAUCGAAUCAAACAAAUACAGCAGGACAGUGAUCCUAUUAAUUUGCUGGAGAAGUACACAGAAAUUGAGAAGGAAAUGAAGGCAUCCAGGCACCUGUUAGAAGAGUGGAAUCCAGUACCUCUCUCGUUUGAGCACUUACUUAAUCAUUAUAAACACUUCAUCAGAGUUCUUCAGUCCAUUCUACAAAAACCAUUGGAAGCCCGGCUUAAAGAAGACGUUUUCAGUAGCCUUAAUCCCACUGCAAUGAAGGAGCCUGGGACAGUGCUGAAAACCAUGACUCCUGUCGAUCGGUUGCUUUUCUUAAAACAUGCAAGAUCACCAACCUGGGAAUAUGACAGCAUUCACCCAAGACUGAAAUUGUCUGAUGACCGUCUUGAAGUAAGCUGUAGCUGGAGGAGAAUAUUUUACCCCUGUAGUCCCCAGAGAUUUGAUAAAUUAUGGCAAGUGCUAAGCAGAGACGCAUUCCUUUCUGGGAGCCAUUACUGGGAAGUUGACCUGCUUCAUGCUGGAGCAGGAUGGUGGAUUGGCGCAGCCUACCCUACCAUUGGCAGGAAAGGAGACUCUGAAGCCUGUCGACUGGGCUGGAAUAGAGCAUCUUGGUGCCUUAAGAAGUUUGAUGUUGAGUACUGGGCAUUUCACAAGGGAGAGAGAAUCCCCAUCCUGAUACAAGAUGAUCCUGAUCGCAUUGGCAUUUUUCUAAAUUAUGAAGCAGGAAUUCUUUCAUUCUACAAUGUUAGUGAUGGCAUGGCUCAUUUGCACACCUUCCACUGCAAGUUCUCAGAACCAGUUUAUCCAGCCCUGAGACUCUGGGAAGGGUCCAUUAGAACAUGCAAACUAACGUAAGAAACAAAGUGAAAUAAAGCCUAUUUCAUGCUUUUUCUGUUAGUGCCACUUCAGCAAUUAUCUACAUGAAUUUUUCUCU